CCUUUUGUGUUGUUCUUGCCAACGCAGCAGCCACCCUGCUAUAUAGACUGGCUGCGCGGCCACAGACACCAUCACACUGAACUCUGCGGCCCCAUUGCACUGAGCUCGCAUCAUCCGACUCCACCAGCCAUGGGGAAGAUCACCUUCUUUGAAGACAGGGCCUUCCAGGGCCGCAGCUACGAGUGCACCACCGACUGCCCCAACCUGCAGACCUAUUUGAGCCGCUGCAACUCCAUCCGGGUGGAGAGCGGCUGCUGGAUGCUUUAUGAGCGCCCCAACUACCAAGGUCAGCAAUACUUGCUGCGGCGCGGGGAGUAUCCUGACUACCAGCAAUGGAUGGGCCUCAGCGACUCAAUCCGCUCCUGUUGUCUCAUCCCCCAAACAGGUUCCCACAGGCUGCGGCUGUACGAGAGGGAAGACCACAAAGGCCUCAUGAUGGAGCUGAGUGAGGACUGCCCCAGCAUCCAGGACCGCUUCCACCUCAGCGAGAUCCGUUCCCUCCACGUGCUGGAGGGCUGCUGGGUCCUCUACGAGCUGCCCAACUACCGGGGGCGGCAGUUCCUGCUGAGGCCCCAAGAGUACAGGCGGUGCCAGGACUGGGGGGCCAUGGAUGCUAAGGCAGGCUCUUUGCGGAGAGUGGUGGAUUUAUACUAAAAUAGCUUAACACUCCUGAUUUCCCAUUUUGGAACCCAAUAAAGUAUUUAGUCUGCAUUGUUGGCAA